ACAAACACGGGCUUCAUCAAUCGCAGUAACAAUUGGAAUUCGGUUUGGUCUACCAGCAUGGCUACGGUGUGUGAGGUUUGUUAUUCUACCAAAGGCACGGAAUAUUUAGAUAUUCAUGAUAGCGAGCCGGUAAUACUGCCCAUCAUUUCGAAACAUCUGCCCUGUGUGAUGUUGGACGGUAUCGAGCAUCCACAGAUAUGUGUGGACUGUUGGAGUACUUUGGAAAGCUUCGAGCGAUUUUACCUCUCUGUAGAAGAGCUGCAUCAACCCCAACCGGACAGUUCCGAUGAGGACGAGCGUGAUGAAAUCGUCACCGUGCAUGAAGCAGAUUGCAACGACACAGUUGAGCUGGAAGUAUCGGAAGUAGCGUAUGAAACGGAGCAGCUCGAUAAUGCGGCAAGUGAACCGAUACAUGCAACCGACACCCAAAUGCACAGUACAGAAAGUUCCCCGGAAGAUGAGGCAGAAGAGCGUGAGAUAAUUGAUUUCUAUGGCCCUUUGAUUUGUACGAUCUGCGAAACGGAUCGUAUCGAGGUGCAGUACAAAAGCUUCGCCCUUCUGAAACGACAUCAGCGGAAGGUUCAUCGCAUCAGCCGACCCAGUCUAACGUGUCCACUGUGCACCAGGCGGUUGUACUUCCGCUCUCGACUGCUGCAGCACAUCGCCAUGCACCGUAAUCCGGAUACGUUUCGUUGUUCCAUCUGCGGGGAGGUUCAUCAGGAUCUGGCGUUUCAUCGCAAGGUGCAACAUCAUACCAAGCGCCUGGAGUGUCCGAAAUGUGGCAAACGCUUCUCGGUGCGCAAUCGGUUGAUGGUACAUUUGAAGAUUGCACACGCACCGAAGGACUCUGAGUGCGGUGUGUGCCACAAGUUGUAUAGUAAAUAUUUCAUCAAAACCCAUAUGCGUGCAAUGCACGGUGGAUCGGAGUAUGUGUGCGAAUUGUGCGACAGGACUUAUCGCACGGUAGCGAUGCUAAACAAGCACAAGGCGCAGCACGCUGAAGAGCCAACAGAAAGAUCCAUCGAGCAGCAGCAGCAGCGGCAGCGUUAUAUACGAAGGAAUCAUACCUCAUGUGAAUCAUUUAAAUGUGAACGAUGUGGAAAAUCAUUCCGCAGCAAAGCAACAUUAAACUCCCACGUGGAGCGAACGUGUCCCAGCACCCAGCACGUGUGUUCGACGUGCGGUAAGCCCUUUAAAACAAUUGGCAAACUAAACGAACAUGCGGCUAGCCAUAAGGACCGGGUGGUGUACAUGUGUCAGCUUUGUUUGGACAAUUUUGCCAGCAAAUCGCAACUCUUUUCCCAUCAACAAAUGGUACACGAGUUGAAACUCGAUUGAAAUGUUA